AGGGUAAUCACGGAAAGCGAAAAAACACUUAGGAAAAUGUAAUAAAAAAACUGAACGAACGCCCUCUCCCUUUCUCCUUUUCGCUCGUCUAAAAGUUCGAACAAACUCGCUCGCAAAAUUUCGUUCUCUAACAGGGGAAUUAGGUGAUUGUGCUGCUGUUUGCCAUCUGAGGACAUCAGCAAAAUGAAGUAAUUUACACAUUCUCUUGAGAUUUUAUCAAAAGUUGUAAAUGAUUUUGUUUCUUGAAACAUGGGGCCGUGUGAGAUGGGAUGAGGCUAAUUUGGAGGAUAUUGAAGCAAAUAAGCCUGUGAGGCAGAAAAUCACUGAACCCAAGACACCAUAUCACCCCAUGAUUGAUGAUGAUGGAUCUUUGUCUCCUGUACGGAGUAGAUUUGACGAAUGUGUUGGCAAUGCAAUGCAUGCUGAAGCAAUACGAACUGCUUUGAGUGAUGUGGCUUCAUCUUCAAGUACAAGCGAUGGCCAGAAGUCAGGUGGCUGGACAUCAUCUGAGGAUGAGGGAGAUGCUAUGGAGCAGGAUGAUGAAGAUUCUGAGACCGAGAGGAAUGGUAUGAGUUUUAGGGAGCACAGAAGAGCUCACUAUGAUGAAUUUCGGAAAAUAAAAGAACUUCGGCAUAAUGGUUCGUUUAUUGAGGACGAAGUUGAUGAGGACGGCGAAGGUGAUAUGGAAAGGAUUGGGAAAUGUGAUGCAUCUUCAUCGUUAACUGCUGGUGUGAAGGAAAUAGACAUCGAUGAAGAAGGUACUGCAACUUUGCCCCAAAAAUCUUCUGCACCUCCGGCUAAUGGAGCUUAAUCAAGACAGUCAUGGCUUAAGAAACUGAAAAUGUCACUGCAUAUUGUUAACAGUUUUGUGGUUUUCUGGUAAGAACAAACUUGUAUGGCUAGUUUCUGUCAUUGCUUUUGUGAAUAAUUUAUUUUUUACAUUAUGACAUGUUAAUGUGACUGUUCCUUGAACCA